AUGACCAACAUUACUGCUACUCCUACCCCCAAUUCUAUCCCUACAAUCAAACCCAUCAUGAACUCCCACGCUGUCUCCACCGAAGAUGUCCCCCUCUUCCCAGUCUCUCUCAUUUCUCCUGAAGUGGCGGCACAACUUCCACAGGAUUACACAAUCCGUCCUAUGCGACGUUCCGACUAUAGGCGGGGCUAUCUCGAUGUCUUGCGCGUGUUGACCACCGUUGGAGAUAUUACAGAAGAACAGUGGAACGAGCGGUUUGACUGGAUCUCCUCCCGCAAUGACGAGUACUACCUUAUUGUUAUCACAGAUGGAGAGGAUCGAGUCGUUGGCACCGGCAGCUUGAUUGUGGAGCGGAAAUUCAUUCACUCCCUUGGCAUGGUUGGACACAUUGAGGACAUUGCCGUUGAAACGAACCAACAAGGGAAGAAACUGGGAUUGAGAAUUAUCCAGGCAUUGGACUACGUUGCCUGCAAUGUCGGUUGCUACAAGACUAUCCUCGACUGCUCGGAAGUCAACGAAGGUUUCUACAUUAAAUGCGGCUUUAAGCGUGCCGGCCUGGAGAUGGCACACUACUACUGA